CCUUAAGUUCUAAAUACUUGAAUAUUGCAUCCGUCUUCAUAACUUGUUGUUUCCUUAAGGUGAAGCCUCAGCUGGAAGAAAAAGAAGGGAAAACCUUUGAUGUUUUCACUGCAGUGGAGUUCAAGGCUCAGGUGGUUGCUGGAACAAACUAUUUUAUCAAGGUCCAUGUUGGAAAUGAUGAGUUCGUGCACCUGCGGGUGUUCAAAAGCCUUCCUCAUGAGAAUAAGCCACUGACUCUCCACGGAUACCAGAGCAGCAAGUCGAAGCAUGAUGAACUGACUUAUUUCUAGCAAACCUAUGUGUCUUUCUAAUGAUUUCUUAUGUAUAUUUUAUAUAGGCUGCAAAAUGUUGAUUCCUGUUCCAACAAAGAACAAGAAAAUAUCUUUUUUUUUUUUUUUUAACAAUGCUGGAAAGAAAAUCCAUUUCUCUUAUUGCCAUUCUCUUACUGUGCAAUAUCUAAAUGAAUCAUGUAGCUCUCCUUUCACCUUUUCCUAUUGCAAACCCAAGUAGCUGCAUUGACUACAGUGCACCUCAACCAGAACACUGUGCCUGAGUUGUGUUUGUGGACUUCCCUUGUCUGGAAGUUGCAGGGGAGUAAUACUACCACUUGUGGAAGGUGGACUUGAACAGAAAAGAUUCUGAAAGCAAGAAAAAACAGGAACACUGUAGUCUUUGGAAAGAAACAUUCCCUUAGUAAUCAUGUUUUUCCUCUUGCAGCAGUAGGGUGGAAUGUCCAGUAGAGGGUGUAUGAGUUUUAAAAAAUUUUGCUUAUUUUCUGAGUCCUAAGGAGAAGUCCUAGAAAGGAAUUUGAACUGUACAAGCAUUUCCGCAUUAACAACAAUAAAUAUCUCAAGUUCUGAUGGUAUAUU